AUGACUGCGACGACGCGUGCCAACAAAAAACGCAAAAACCUACCCUCUCCCCUCUACCUCGCCCCGAUGGGACCACACCAUUAUCCGCCAGCACUGGACCAUUACUACUAUCACUACUAUCACAAACAACAGCAGCAUCAGCAGCAGCAGCAGCAGCAGCAGCGCACCCAGCCGUCGGUGCAGUCGCACCAUCACAUGGCGCACGGGGCGGUUCCCCGGCCGACCGAGAUAGAACCACCACCGGCACCACCGGGGGUAGUAGCUCCAUCGAUGGGAACGCCACUGUUCCCGCCGCCCACCCACUCCGACGCCUUGGGGCGAAUCGAUAUGAAUAGCAUUUUCUUUUGA